AAAUUAAAUUAGCUUUUUCUCCAUCUGUUUCUCCUUCCUUUCUUCUUUCCGUUUCUCUGCAAAAAUCCUUAUGUCUCUCUCUCUCUCCAAAUCCCGAUCCCUAACCCUAACCCUAACCCUAAAUCUCCUUCGUCCUCGUCUAUCUCCCCUUCAAUCUCUCGGCCGCCGUACGUUCUCCUCCUCUCCCGACAACGAUCUCACCGACCUCUCUGAAUCUCCUUCCUCCGAUCCCCUGCUCCGGAACCUUGAGGACGCUAUUCAACGGAUCCUUGUUCGCCGGUCGGCUCCCGACUGGCUCCCCUUCGUUCCCGGUGCUUCAUAUUGGGUUCCCUUGCCUUCUACUUCCCAUUUGCCUCCCAUCGCCAACCUUCUUCACAACUUCGCUAACCCUCUCUCUCCAGAGCAAUCCUUGUCUACCACUACCGUCCGUGGCUGGCCUUCUUCUCAUUUCUUCAUUCAAGGUGCCCAUCUGCCUUCUCUUGAGCCGGAGGUUGAGACCAAUUCGGCUGAAUGUGAGGCUUCCCAACACUCUGACCACGAGGAAACCUGAGAGCUUUCUCCUUUCCCUAAUAAAUUGGCAGCUGAUCUGGCUCGACCUGCCUUGUAAAACUCAUGUAUAGAAGAAGACAACCAAUAACUGAUUAGCAAGAUGGCCGAGCGAGGGGGAGGGGCUUGUAUAGAAGUCAGCUGGCCCAGCUGAGCGUUCUUCAUCAAAUGGCUCUUUGUCCGUCAUUGCCAAAGUACACGUAAUAUCUACUAGCAGCAGUAUAUCUUGAAUUUUAUCACAUAUGUAUACUGUUUUCCGACCUUUGCUUUUAAAUGUCUUUCCUUCUGGGUAAUUUGGUUCUUCCAAGUAUUCACAGGUGUGUUGUAUAUUUUGUUUCUUAUAUGUUGUAAUUUAAAUCUAAAUAUUGGAAAAAACAUGAUUCUUUCCAACUCCAA